AUGCAAGCUUCUACGACCGUCCGCGCGCCCGCGUCUCCCGACGACUCGGCGCCUGACUCCCCUUCCAUCCUCCUCCGCAACGUCUCGCCUGUGGCCCCCAGCUCUCGUAAGAGCGUGCGUCUGGCUUCCAGGGACCCAGGGUCGGUGCGCGCCUACCUCGCAGCGCGGGGUGUUGUGCCCGGCCCCGACGCUACGUCUCUUCAGCUCCAGAGCCUCUUCGACCAGCUGCUCUUCUGCUGCGGCCUCCCGGGCUCCUCCACGCGCUCGUAG